UCAGUCUCAGUCUUGGUCCCAAACGUAGAGGAUCGCGGACAAAUUCUGAUAAUCUUAUUAAAAUCGAGACGCGCAUCUUCUUGCAUUCGAAAAGCAUGAUAUCAGGAUCUUCUAUCUCUAUCCAACUCAUGACUUAUAAACGCCGCGCGCACUAAGGAACCUUAUCAGUGUUAUCGACUUUUUCUUUAUAAAAACCGUGUGGCUCGCUAUAUACGGUUAAAUAUCUCGUUAUAAUUUUUAUCAAGCCGUUUAUUUUAAUUAUAUACAUAAAUUGUAUAUAUUCAACAAAAGAAGUGAACAUUAAAAACAAGUGUUUCCGGCGGCAAAAUGAGGAACCGUCAUAAGUGUUCAGUAUUAUUUUAUUCAUUUUUAAUAAUUAUUAUCGAUGCUGGUAGCACAUUUAAUAUUAUUGGAAUAAAUAAACAAAUGCUAUAUGAAUAUGAGGGAAAUGUUGCGGUAGGAGCGAAAUCUCCACAGGACGAUGAUCAUCCCGCACCGCCCGAAUCUGGAUGGGUUGUAAAAGGGAAAUUAACACUACAACGACAAAGCUUGGAAACGCUUGCUGCAGCUCUUUCAAUCGAUGAAGUGCGACUCAAUAACUCAGGUGAAAAGUUCCUACAAAACAAAGAAAUGUAUCCCCCAUAUAAGCCAUUUAAAAUCGUACUCACCAAAGAAGGGAUUAUAUCGCAUUUACUAUUCAAAGACAACGAUCCGAUUUGGUCGACAAAUUUGAAAAGGGCAAUAGCAUCCACGCUACAAUUCCAAAUGAAAUCGGUUGGAGCUUUUGUUGUUGAUGAGACGGGUAUCCAUGGCAAAUGCUCCACUGAGUACUUUGUGUCCAACAAGACCAACUACAUAUCUAUUCGAAAGACUCCUGAACUUAAAACUUGUACUCCGUAUUCAGAGGCCGUACACAUAACCCGCAGUAAUGUACCACCAAAUUUGUGCGAGUUCGAUUUUCAAAAGAACGUUAUAAUUGGAAACGAAGCUGUCUACGGACUGCUGCCACACAAGGAUACCGAAUAUUUUCUCAGUAUGGCCCACGUAAGAGGCAACACUCUUAUCCAUACAUUCGAGUCCACAGGCGAGGCGCAAUACAUAAACUCAGAACUUCUGUUGAACUUCCUGAACGAAACCACCAUCGACAUUCCCAUCGAUAUUGAAACAGCAAUGGCAUCGACUAUAUCCGGACUAGAACUAUUUCCAUUGGAUCCAAAUGAUCCAACUGGUGGCAGGCAUCCGCAAUUGCAGGAACAUUUAAAAAGCAAUGCAUCGGUUAUGCUCAAUACAAUGGCCGAAGGCCUGGAGAGUUCAGAUUUGAAAUUUGGCGAACCAUAUGACAGCACCCUGUCCGAGAUAAUAAAAGUUCUCUCACAAAUGGAUUACGAAUCGCUGCAGAAACUUUACACCGAACUUGAUAUCGGAACGUCCUACCGACAAGAGACUAUACGUAACAUCUUCUAUGAGAUCAUACCACGAAUUGGUACAAAAGCUUCAGUACUCUUGACAAGGGACCUGGUGAUGGAGAAACAAAUAAAAUCCACCACUGCAGUCCAAUUGUUAAUUUCAUUGCCAUUCCAUAUUUUUGAACUCUCUAAGGAUUUGGUUAAAGAAUGUGAAGCAUUUUUAUCUCUAGGUCCUGACCGGCCCGAAGUGCGACAAGCAGCUAUUUUGAGUUUCGCUACGCUCGUACAUAAUGUGUUCGUAGGCAGAGGGAUAUCAAAGGACUUCUUUGAUAUGUUUGUUCAAAAAUAUUUUAAUCUAUUUCUGAACGAACAUGACUAUGAAAAUAAAAUGUUGUAUCUGCAAGGAUUAAGCAAUUUGCAACUUGGUAAUGUUGCCAACUAUUUAGAUCCAAUAGUUAAUAAUGAUGACGAAGAUGAUGAUAUUAAAUUUUUAGCCGCUUGGGCUACAUUACCCUUGGCCACAACUCGUCCAGACAAGAUCUACGAAAUUUACUGGCCAAUUUUUGAAUCAAAAAAUGCAACUCUUGAACUACGAGUGGCAGCUGUAACAUUACUUUUAAUUUCAAAUCCAACUCCAGCUCGUUUGAUAAGUAUUCAUCGGAUAAUCCAGAGUGAAACCUGCCCUCAUAUGAUAAAUUACUAUAGAACAACAAUUAUAAGUAUUUCGGAAACUACAUUUCCCUGUUACCAAAAUUUACGCCGUCUUCUUUCCUACAUGCAUCGACAUCUGCCACAAAAACCAGAACCACGUUACUGGGUAACGGGAAAUUAUAUUUUUGACUAUCGUGACUCAAAGUUCGGAAUCGGAGCAAUGCUUCAAGCUUUUAUCGUUGGAGAUCCCGUUUCCGAUUUACCCGUCGUAAUGUAUUUCAAGUUUGACACAGAAGCUCUAGGCAAAUUUACUGGACAAUUAGCGCUUUACAUAAAAGCUCGUGGUCUUCCUGAUGCAGUUAUUGGAAGGCUUAUGAAGCCCGAAGCAAAUACAAUAAAGUUUGAGAACCUUAACAAAAUUUUAGAACUUUUAAAAGCGCCUCGAAUAGAAAAUAAGCCUCUUCACUUAGAACUAAUUAUUCAAAUGGAGGGCAAAACUGUUUUGUCAUUUUACCUGAACCAACAGAGCUACAUGAAUUUAAGCUAUCAAGACUUGAUGAGCCGUUUAAGCUUCCUUAUUGCAACUGACAGUCAUAUAAAUAUGCAGACUGUGCGAUGGCCUUUUAUGACAAAAUACGCUGCACCAACGGUGUUGGGUACGGCAGCUGAUGUCUUAUUGGAAACGACAGUUUUAACAUCUUUAAGGGGAAACAUAACCCAACACACAUUGCCAAAUGCCAUAAAGAGGACUCAUCAAAUCGACGCAAGAUAUUCAUCAUAUGCAUCUUGUCGCAGUCGGAGUUAUAAUCCGUUCUUAAAUUUGGAUCAUGAAAUUAAUCGUGAACAAGGCUUUUUAAUUUAUGUUCCAUUUAAUAAUGACGUUGUCUUGAAUAUAUCAAGCCUUUGUGUGAAGUAUUCAUUUUCUAGGCCAGAGAAACUAACGAGUGGGAUGUCUUUCAAAUCAAGAUCACUUACAUCUACGAAGGGUUUCAUCACUAAGUCGUCCUCUCAACCAUUUGAAGAACUUAUUUUGCCUGAAAGAAAACAAGGAUUGUUCCAGCUUUUUAAAUACGAUUCAGAUGAUCUGGGUGUAUCUUUGGCAAUGAACACUAAUCAUAACGAGCUUAUUAAGUAUUGUGGAAUGCUUCUUAAAUCGGAGUUCAUGGAAAAUGGUUUUUCAAGAAGUAGCAUCAUAAACAUACUCAUGCAUCUUUUUGGAGUAGCUCAACUAAGUUCAAUACAUUUGGGACAUGAUCGAAAUUUUUCAUUGUUAGUAACAAAUGACAAAAGCACAAAAAUCGAAGGAUGUUUUUGUAAUACUCAAAUUAUAAAUGGAGACGAUAAUGUUGGACAACAUUUUGAUUUUACCAUGAUUCAUACUGAUGAUAUAUCAAAUGAUAUUUUACAUAAAUGGAAUACAACAAUGGACUUUAAACAAUCUACCAAAACUAAAUGGUAUAAUGUUAUUGGCAAAAUUGAACGUACUACUGGAUCGGAUGAUAACGGAUGGAAGGCCUGCCUUAACUUUACAUACUCACCAUUAGUUUUCACAAAACGACCACAUACACUUGAUGGCAAGAUCAUAUUUGGUAAAACCUUAGGAGAGGAAUCUUGUCCAAUGGAUGCAUCAAAAGUUAUAAUGGUUGCCACUGCAGGGCCUUCAGAACAUGCACAUCAAUAUUUCUUAAAUGACACCGAGCUCAUCGAUACAAACUAUUGUCCAAAGGAAGUUCUUAAAUUUAGUCCAAUACCAACUUCUAAGUAUUGCAAACGAAUUAAUUUUGAAAACUUUACGUCUAUUACACGUUAUGGUAUCGAUUUGAAAUUUACUGAUAUGCCAGAAUGGUUUGCAUUAUGGUCUAACCGCUUAGAUCAUCUUGUAUCUGCCCUGUCUAGCAAAAAGGUGGAACGAUUGAAUCUGGAUAAGGAGCUUGAUGUUUCUAUUCAAACCCCUAACGACAAUUUCCAAUUGAUAAUUGGAGUAAACAAUGUCACCUGGACCACCUAUGAUAUCCCACUUCUUCAAAAAUUGGAUUCGAAAUAUGAUAUUUCGGAACAGCUUUCAUAUGAUACUGGACUAAAAAGGUCAUGUUCAAUAAUUAACGGAAUGGUGAGCACUUUCGAUGAUCAUCCCCUUAAUAUUAGCGAAUAUUUCAAACGUAAUGGAUCUUGUAUAACGCUUCUUGCGGCAGACUGCUCCACACAACCAAAAAUGGCAAUAUUCCUUAUUCCACCAGCGGACGAAGAACAAACCAACUAUGGCUUAAAAAUUCAUAUCGGUGAAACGUUUUUAACCUUCAAUCCUCAGACAAACGUGUCAAGCCAAGGUCCUGUUUACAUAGGACUUAAUAAUACCUACAAAGUAGACAUUAGGUCUAGUCCGUUCCAUUAUCCAAAUGAUAAAAAAGACUUUGAAUUCAGAGUUGGCGUAAACGAACAGAAUAUUAUGAAUAUAGAGCACAAUUCCAUGAAAUCAACAAUACAAUUCGAUAUGAACAAUUUACUCAACUUGGAAAUAUUCGGAGUAUUCAAAAGUAAAAUCUGUGGUUUAUGCAGCAAGCCUCUUAAUCGGAUCUCGGGCUAUACUAUUUGUGCUUAAAAGUGCACUUAUAAUAAUAUUUUUGACGUUUUAUUCUUAUUCAAAUAAAUAAAUUAAAUAAUUAAAUAUUUUAUUUUAAAAUUAAAUUUAAAGACAAAAAUCAUAGCAUUAUAAUGUUGUAUUUCAUACCACUGUGGUAUUUUUAUUAAAAUUUUGUAAAUAAAAUAAAUAUAAAACUAGAA